AUGGCAGCUGACAGAAUGGCCAUCUCUGGAGCAGAGGACAAUUCUCUUGCUUCAAUCAGUGGUGUGGAUAGUGGUUUAGGUGACAAAUGCUUCUUAGAUGAUGGAGGUAAUGAAACAGAUUGUACCUCUGUCUGUAAUGAUGAUGUAGGCAAAGAUGGUCUAACCAAUGUGCUGGAUGACAAGCAUUCCUGGCUCCUGAAAGGACUAGCUGAUGCAUUGAAAGAUGAUGGUGACUGGCUCUGCAAUGAGGAGGAGCAUCCACCAGAGCACUACCUUGAAGAGGAAGCUAAUCUUGAUCCAUCCAGUCUUCAACAGCAACAAUACAGCCCAAGAACCCAGGAGAAACUUGACUGGGUCAAAGAGCAUUGGGAGCAUGCCAAGAAAAGAAUGGGAGAUGUUGAGGAAUCAAGUGUCUCUGCUCUCUUGAGACAUUCUGGAAAUGGUACCAGCUUGUUUACAAAUGUGAAGCCAGCAAGAGGAUUGAUGAGAUGA